CACAUUUGACUGCACCCAGAGAAGGUCAAGCAGCCAGUGAAUCAAUGAAUGGCAUCAAUUCUAGUUCAUUAUUCUACUGGAAAUUUAUCAUGUCAGUGAAUGCAGUGUGAUUUGUGCAUGCAGAUGACACUGAGCAUAAUUAAUUUGCUGUCAAGUGAAGUGGUACAUUUUUGACACAGUAGUAAUUUAUUCCUGAAGUCUAUGGUUGUGGGUAGGUUUCCUUGGCACUUGACUUUCUGUUUUUGUAAUUUAGCAUUUUUGCACUUUGGGUUCUUCAGCCAAUCUGUCUCCUUCCUUAAGAUUAUGCACAACAAUGUUGUGGAAUGCCAGCCUCCCUACUCAACAAGGAAGAGACUCCAGAAAAAUAUAUAUCUAGAGAAAAAUAUAUAUCAAAACUUGUUUUGUAUUCCAUCAGAUUAUGUCUGAGGGGUAUUUCCUGUUUAAGAUUGCACCCACCUGUUAUAAUUAAUUUAUUACACCUUGGCUUCCAUUCAUUUGUACCUGUGACUAUUUAGGCCCUGAAUCAGGAAAGCACUUAGGAACAUAAUUAACUGUAAGCUUGUGCUCAGGUCUCAUUGCCCAGACUCAUAUUCCUUAAAUUUAGAGUCCAUAAUCUUUGGGUGUUACAGUUUGCAAAGUUACCAUCAAGUAUUGAAUUUUACAUAUUGCCAUCUGUUUUCAGUGUAAGAUCAGAAGAAAAAUCCCAGAAUGCUGUAUAUACUUUUCAAAUCAAUUCAAUUGGAGCUAACUACUGUAAAAUAAUGUCACUGAAUUCCUUAUUACAUAUCUUACAUCUUUUUUUCUUUUCUUUUUUCUCAUUUUCUUUUGAUCUUAUUUUAUAGUUUUUGUUCCUUUUUUUGUUUUUCUCACUAGCAUUCAUUGUGUGGCCUUGAUGACACGCCUGAGACAAGAAAUGUGGAUAUUAAAAGAGCCUGUGGAGUGAACAACUGAAUCCAUGUGCAAAAACCAGAAAAUAAUUAUUUGAGCAGCUUUAAAUUGGAGCAUUUUUGUCAUGAAACAGUUUGUAUAAUACUUCAAGCGGCAAGAUAUUUGAAUUAAAAUUAGGAAUUUUGUAAAGAUAUAGUUUCAAACUGGAAUGAUUUGAUAAUCAGAUAAGGACCAGCACACCAUGAACACUAAGAAAAUCUAUACAGAAUUUACAAAAAAGAAUCAAACACUGGGAAAAAAUAUCAAGUGCAAUUACUGACUGCUUUAUGAACUAUUAUCUACCAAAUGGUUUUAUUAUAGUACCAUGUCCUUAUAAUACCAUGUCCUUUGUUUCUCCAUAUUGCAUGCUUUCAGCAAAGGUGGUUUGUAUUUCACAGAAGAACUACAGAAGCUCCUUUUUAAAAUAUAUAUAUAAAAGUUAAAUGCUGACAGUAAAUGCCAUAGUAAAUAUCUGAAGGGGGAAAAACUGUACAAAAUUGGAAAAAGAGAUUUAGAAACACACUGGUAGAAUUCAUACUAAAUUGUUAGACUCUGAAACCACACAGAUAGGAAAAGAGAGGAAAUAACUGUUUAGCGAAAGCAACCCAAUAGGUGAAGUGGAGUUCUCAGAAAUUAGUGGUUGUCUAUGAGACAUAGAGAGGUAAACACGCAGCAAGAGAAGGAGCCAGACUCAUUGGAUUAAGUAAAACUGUGGGGAGGAUAGGAGUUGCAUCAGAGAAUCAAAUCUUUGAAUGCCACUUGAAAAUUAAAGCAAUCACUUAGAAGGAUUUCAUUGGAAGAAUGAAUGAUCUUGAGAUGAAAUGGAAGCUCAGGAAAGCACAACAUAUGACUCUGCAGAGCAUACAGUACACCACAGUCAAUUAUGUCUUAAAGCAUGAAGAGGAGAUUGACCUAAAAUUUCAACAUAGGAACAGGCAAGUACAGGAAUAUGAUUGUAAAAGAAAUAUCUGAAAGGGAAUACAAAGAGAAACACAAUGGGCUCCUGGGGGAAAUAAAGGAAAAGUAUAAUUACAUUAACCACAAAGAAGUAAACAUGAUACUACCCCCAACCAAUAGAGUUAGAUAAACACAAAUGUUGACAUUGACCAUUUGAACUAGCAGACAAAAUGAAAUUAUAGAUUAAAAAUAAUCAGAUAUGGGGAAAGUUGUUAAAGAUGGACAGUGAUUAGAACGCCAACAGAGAUCCUAUUGUCAAAGGAAGGAUAAUAAAUUAUAGUGCAUUAUUUCAGAUCUGGAAAGACAAUAUCAAGAAAUAGAGGUAGUUCUCAUAGUUUCUAGCACUUUAGAGGCAGGAUGAAAAUGAUAAUGACAAGGUAAUGAAAGGUAUAUGAUGGGAGCUGAAUACUGGAUGUGAAAGAGGACUAGAAGGCUCAGAGUAGGAGGAUCCACCUAGUUAUUGGUUGGGCUAUGAAAUAAAAGGAACAUAGACUUCAAAUAAAAAUAUCAGUCAGGAUUAGCUGCUGAAGAAAUGUUGAGACUCCAAGAGGCUAACUCACUGUUAUGCAAGAAAAACUGGUUUAUGUGGGGAGGUAAACAGAAGGAAGAUGAUUUGUUCUAAUGACAAAAAGCACAAUUGAAUUUAUAUAGAAUCAAGCAAGUCAAAGGCAUGAUCCAAUAGGCUGGAAAAUUCUGACCCCCUACAGAGUGCAUGAAUCAAAUAGAAAAUGGAGUGUUUAGAGAACUUGUCUUUUUAAACGAUAGAGAAAUUUCAUAUCUAAUUAAAGACUUCAGCAGUGCAGUGAUGGAACUUGGAACGAAGACAUCUUCACUGCAAAAAAGAAGUGUAGGCAUUAAAAAGGAAGGACAUAACUUGAGACUGUUGAAGAAAGCCAAUACCUAAAGCAGGUGAUGGGAAAGAAGCAAGGAGAGCACAACUGAAAAGUGCAUUUCACAUAGAAAAGAAACCGAAACUCUGCUUGUUUAUCACAAAUUUGGAAAUAAAACUAAAAGCACAAGAACAAAACUGUCACUCAGCAUUUGGUUCAGCAGUAAGUGCUCUGGAAGGACAGGAGAUGGUCUCAUUGCAAAGCAGCAAAAGUAUGGAACAGGAUUUAGAAGAAGUGCAAGGGAGUCUGAAGGGGCAGUAAACAGUGCUGAAGUGGAGAUGUUGAAUCUCAGAAUAAAACAGCUGGAAAAGUCAGAGCAAAAACUGAAAGACAUUUUAGAGGACUACACAAAGUCAAAUUCUGCACUAGGAAACAGAGCAAAGGAGCUGGAGCUGUCACAGAAGAAACUUUUCGAAACAGUUGACCAACUGAAUGCAAAGCUACAGCAGGUAGAAAAUGCAAACCUACGUGUUAAAGGGAAGCUCCGAAACCUUCAGGUGGAACUGACAGAUUUGGUUCAAAAACAAGAAAAGGCAGAAAGAAAACAAAAAGAAAAGCUAUGGCGACUUCAGGACCAAUUGAAGACAAAAGAGGAUGAAGUAAAGAGUCAGUCAGCAUAUUUCGAGCACUACAAACAAAAGCAGAAGCAGAAGACAGCAGUGUUGAGAGAACGGGAGUUGUCCCUUCAGGGUCAGGUGUCCAGGCUGGAAAAGGAAGUCCUAGAUCUCAAUGCCACUACAGCUUUUCUGUUCUCUGAGCUAGGAGAGGGAACUGUACAAUAUCUCCGAUGCAAACUGGAAGCAGUGUUCAAUGGAAUUCAGGGGUCUUUGCACUUAGAUGUGAAUAUAACUAAAAUAAAAACUCUCAUUGAAGAUGUGGAUCAUUACAUGAAAAGCCACCUACAGACACUGCAGCAAAAUCUGAAAAGCUUACAGGAAAAAGAAGAGUGUGGUAAUAGAGAACAAGCAGACCUACUAACUAAACUUCAGCUCUCCCAGGACAAUGAAGAUUUCCUGACAAGGAAAUUAGAGGAAUCUUGCUGUCGUGUUUAUGAGCUGAAAUUGUCUGAAAUCAACCUUCAGGAACGCGUGGAGGAACUUAUGGAAGAAAACAUCACUUUAAAGGACAAACUGGGAGCAGAGUUACCAAGAGAAUCAGAAAAGGAGCUAUUGCCUGGAGGAAUGGAAAAUGGAGAAAAUAAAGCUGUCAGUGGUAACUGGAAUGGUGACCUGUUUUUCCAGGAUGAGCAGAUAAAUCUGAAGAGGGACGCGGUCUUGGAUCCAGCCAGAAACAAAGCUAGUCAAACUCCAUCUUUUCUACAACAUACCAAACAGUCUCGUACAACAGCAAAGAUAGCAUCAGAGUGUGGCUAUGGCUGGCUUAAUAAUGUGGAGGGAUUGCCAAAGGAACUUCUCAUACCAUUUUUGGAGCACAGCUCCAGGGCCUUGGUGGAAACUGGUGAAGAACACGGGCUAGCUGACGCUGAACAGGUCAUACUUGGCACACAAAGAUCAGAUGGUGCUUCUCCGUUGUUUGGAUGUACUCUAAGCCAGCUUAAAAACAGACAGCUAAUCUUAUUUUGCUCUGAGAGGCUAAGCAAUGAUGGGAGAAGUAAGGGGACCAAAGAAAAAGGAUAUUUCUUUCUCUUAAAGGAACAAGCUAUAAAUCAACCAGCUAAUCCUUCACCUGUCUUCAAGGUUGCCACUUUGAUUGAUCCUCAGUUUGUCUUGCUAGAACCUGAAAUCCCCAGGGUCCUAGGUGUCAGAUCAGAAUCUGUUUUCCCAGUGAACAAAAUGCUGAAUUUGAAUUACAACCAGACAUAUCACAAUAACUUUUGUCCUUCUAAUGGUGUCUUGCAUGUUGUGAAAGGAGUUUCUUCUGGUAAAGAUUCUGAAGCUCUAAAGGAAAAGGUUGCUAACACUGAGACUGAAAUUUUCAGACUCCAGGUUGAAAAACAUUAUAUGGAAAAAUGUUUGCAAAAUAAAAAAGCUAUACAGAAAAGCACAGAUGAAAAGAAAAGCCCGAAUAAAGAAAUAAAUGAUGAAAAAAAUCAAAGUAGAAAUGGUCCAGAGAAAUCUCAGCGAGAAGAAAAAAGGGAUGAGAAAGCACAAAUCAGAACAAUAACUUGCAUUUCUGAAAAAGCCACCAAAGUUUUAAUUAAAAUUGCACAUGAUGAAACUGGGGAGCAAGAAGCAGAACCAAAAUUUCAUGCAGCAAGCAUUCCAGGUGACCAAAACAUGUCUGUCCUACACAAGGAAUUAGAGGGAUAUCCCCAAGAAAACUCUGAAUUUAAGGAUGAACAUGGAAAACAUUUAGCAAUCUCUACCUUUGAUGAAGUGAACAGAAGAUGCCUAGAAAAGAACAUUUUUGUGACAGAAGAGAAGGGUAAACAACCCGAGAAUCUAACUGACCAAAUAAAAGUGUGUCGACAAAAAAGUGUUGGACUGAAAGAAAAGAGAGAGCAAUGUUUGAAACUGUCUGAACGAGAAGAUGAAGAUAAGUCAUCAUGCAAACAAAUGACCGAUCAGAUAGAGGAAUAUAGUAAAUGCUCUCAAAAACUGUCUGCACUGAAGGAAGAUAAAUAUAUGUAUCCACUGAAUAUAUUGUCUCCUGCACAAGAGAGAAAUUUAUACUUAAAUGAAGGGUUAGCACAAGAGGAAGAAUAUUUUGAACAUGUUCAUUAUCUAUCAGCAGCAGAAGAAAACAAUGGAUAUACCCUGAAAAUAGAUAAGUUAGAGAAGCUCAUGGAUAUAUAUUCUCAAAGAAUAUCUGCACUGAUGAAAGAGAAUGGGAGUUACUCACAGAAACUCCUCAUGUUACAGGAAGAGAAUGAUAGAUAUUAUCAGAAGAUGUGUGCACUAGAAGAGGAGAUAGAUGCAUAUUCUCAACAUAUAUUAACAGCACAUGAAACUGAUGUUGACUCUUCCCAAAAGUUAUUGGCCAAGGAGGAAAUAUAUGGUAAAUGUUAUAACAGUGUUUCAAAAGAGAAGAAUUUUAGGUGUCCAGGAGCGAUUUGUGUUCUCUUGGGUGAGACUGAAAUCCUUUCCAAGAAUGUGUCUCACCUGGUUAAAAAGGAAGAUAGAAAUUCUGAAAAGGAAAUACCAGUGAUGGAAUCAAAUACAUUUCUCAAGAAAAUUGUAGCUCUUGAUGAAAAGAAGAUUAAAUAUUUCCAGCUGCUUUCUGGUCUCAAAGAGGAGAGAAAUAGCUUUUUCAGAGAAAUAGCUAAACUAUUACAAGACAAAGAAAAAUACGUUAAAAAAACUCAUGAACUGGAAGAAGAGAGAGAGAGAAAUUUACAGAUAAUAUCUCAACUAGAAGGAGACAAAGAAACUUUUUUGGGAAGUUUGAGUGAGCUAAAAUGUGAACAAGACAAACACAUGACAAUGAUUUCUGAAUUGAAUGAGUGCAAAACCAAAUGCUACCAAACAAUUUCUGAUCUACAAGAGGAAAAACGUAUACUGAAAAAUGAUAUGAAUGAAGUCCAUAGGGAAAGUUCUGAACAGCUUCUAGAAUCUCAGAAAGUAAUUGAGAACAUUCUUCAAGAAAACAAUGAAUUGAAGGAAAUAAUGUCUGCUCUUGGAAUCAGCUAUGAAGACCCAAUAAAAGAUAAAAUUUCAGGAAUAGAGGGAAAGUUGCUAAGAUUGAAGCAAGAAAAUAAGAGUCUACCACAUAGAAUGCAAGAAAAGGAAACAGAGAUGGCGUCUGGUAAAACACAUACUAAAGAAAAAGGAAUUCAAGUUAUAGAACCCUCAAACUAUCUCACUAGGAAAGAUAAAGACACCUGUUCAGAAGAGGAAAUUGGUAGCAUUAAAGGAUAUUGUCAAGUGGGAUGUUCUAAAAACACUGAGACUUCUAAAUGCCAUUUUAGUAAUGCUGGGAUAAGUACAUUUUUGGGUGAUCAAAACAUUGCGAUCUCCAGGGUGCUCCAAAAGACUUCUGAGACACCAGAGGUGGCAAAGUUAACCUUUGAAACAGAAGAAAAAAUAUCAAGCAACAGUUUUUCUCAAUGUUGUGUUAAAGUGCUGAAGAAUAUGGAACUGCUACAAGAGUCCUCAAAGGGCAGCACAUCUGAAAGCUACAGUGCAAUGCAAGAACAACUGGAAAGGUCAAAGGAAGAACUAAAAGUACAACAAGGGGAAUUAGAAAAGGCCAAAAAAGAGGCUCAGAAGUGGUACCGAGAACUUGGCUUUGUAGAAGCAAGAUAUGAAGAGGUCAGAACUCAGUUGACACAGGCACUCUCUGAAUUACAUCAACUUAAACAAGCAGAUGGCGGGGAAAGGCUUAGAAAGCAGUGCUGCCAGUUAAUGAAGGAAGUCCAAGAACUGAAAGAGCAUAGGAUAGCCAAUAAGGGAUUAGAACAGCAAGUGCUGACCUUGAAAUCCCAACUAAGGGACCAGACUGUAUUACAAAAUCAGUUUCAAGACUUGCAAAACCAAGUGGAAUGCCUUCAGGCUCAACUGUGUGAAAAGACUGAGGAACUUCAGAAAAGAAAGACUGAAGCUGACCUGACAAUAGCUCCACUCAAGGCUAAGCUAUCUUGCCUUGUCCGGAAAUGCCAUGAAAGAAACAGCUUGAUUACCCAGCUGGUCAGGGAAUUUCACAGGCAUGGAAUUACGGAUUCCAUUUUCAAUGAAGAGGCAAAGAAUUUAGUGAACGACAUGGCGCUAGCAGAGUACACUACCACCUUUACAUCUGUUCGCAAUCGAGAGUUACUGCAUCCUGCUGGAGACACUUCACAGGUCAAUGGAUUGCCAAAUAAUCAUGGGACCUACCAGGCUGAAGCAAAUGAGAAGGCGAGGCCAAUUCCUGCAAGCUUUCUACAGAAGUCAGAUGAUAUCUGCUGUGCUCACACAACUCAAAACAAGUGUACUACUUCUCCUUUAAAAUUAACAUGCCUAGAGAGGAUCAUAGCCUUGCAUCGAGAGCUUAGACAAAACCAUCACAGUAAUUACCAGAUACCUUCAUUUGCCUCUUCCAAUUCAAAACUGAAGGCGGAUUGCAAUUUGUCCUCUGUCUGUCAUCCAGCCCAAGAUGUGGCCUCCCAGUCGGUAGUGUCAAAAAUGAACAAUUCACUGAAACUUUCAGAUAGGAGCUCUUUCCAUCUCAUAGAUGGGAGGGACCAGUUGUCUAAACUUGGUGAUGUAUUCCACAGUCAUACAGGAAAUCAGCAUGCAGGUGCUGUUCUCCAGGGAAAGAGAAAGAAAAAUGUCAUUAUGAAUAACACAUGGAUCUCGGGAGAAAAACCAGAUGGCUCAACCUCAGCUACCACAGCAAAAAGCUAUUUGUCAGAUGUGUUGUCAGCAAGUAAUAAAGGUCAAAAUCCUACUGGGGAGAAAUCAGCUGCACUGGAAAGAGUAAAAGCCUCAGAAAUAAAACAAGGAUCUCCUGCUCCAGUUGGUUCGGUCUAUAUUAUUAAAGCAGUGGGAAAAAGCAGCAUGAUGAUUGGCUGGGAGAGACCGGUAGUAGAUGAAUUAGGAUGUAGUAAUGGAACUUUCAUUACAGGAUACAGGAUAUAUACAGAUGGGAAAUUUCAUAAAUCUGUUAUGAGUUCAGCAUGCACGAAGACUAUUUUAGAAAAUCUGGAUCUUUCUGUGCCGUUUCAAAUCAGCGUUCAGACUGUUGGUUCUUCUGGUUUGGCUUCUGAGAAGAUGAAUGUUCGAUUUAGUUGUCCUUUAACAAAAAAGGAAGCUUCAUCAUUUGCCUUUAGUGAUUACCCCGAAGACCAAAAGCCUGGUGCCAGCUCCCAUGAGGUGAAUGGAAGGCAAGGUUUAGCUCCGUUGUCUUUCUUGAAGAAAUUAAUUUUGGAUGACCAAAGAAACUAAAGAAAAUACAGUGAAGGUACAGCACUCAAGGGAAGAACGAAUCAGACAUGAAAAGAAAAAGCAAUGCAGUGCUGAAGGUAUCACAAAGGGUGUUUCUAGUCUGGAAGCCUCCAUAGCUGCUUUGCUAAGGAAAAAACUGACAAGCCACAAUGACUUACUGACCCUCAUCCUUCACUGGAAGUUGGUGAUGCAAUCCAAUUAAAUAUAGAUCUUUUACAGAAUCUUAAUAUUGUAAUGCAUUUUUAGGAAAUUCUCAUGUUUUCCUCAAAUCCCAUCCUUUGGAUGCCUACAUAUGUGGUUAUAGGGAGCUUGCAUAUAUGAAGGUCAUAUGGGACCUCAAUCCCACUGGCUUUUAUGGGAGUUCAGGGUGCAUAGCACCUCUCAGGAUAUGGCAGUAGAUGGACUCAUUUUUCAAGGUGCCGAGUGCCUUCAACAUCCACUGGAGUAAGUGUCAUACUCAUCCCAGACCUGUAGGCACUGAGAAGUUGGAAGAAUUGUGCACUAUGGCCUUAAUUCAGUAAAGCACAUAAGCACAUACUUACGUUCAAUCCUGUGAGCAGUCCCUUUGAACUUUAGUUGGAUUACUCAUGUGCUUAUGUGCUUUGCUGAACCAGGUCCUGUGUGUGCGCCCACAAACUGGUAACAAUGCAUGCAGAACACACACUGAUGCGUCCAAAAUAGGUAAGCACAUAUUAUUGUAUCUAUCUGCAGAUGCAGAUAUGUUAGAUGUACUUGCACACAUGAGACUGGAGUGUAAGGGUACAUAUGAGUGUUUACAGUCCUACUUCAAUGGCUUAUGCAUGCUUCUGUUGAAGUCAAUAGCAAAACUCCCAUUGACUUGAAUGGGAGCAAAAUUGGGUACUAAUUUACGUAACUUCCCCCUUGUUGUGUAAUGCACUGUCAGUUUUGAUAACUAUUUUGAAAUCUUUCAUUUAUUUUAUUUUAAUUGAGCUAACCUUUAGAAUGUGCUGAUCUCUACAGUGGUUAGUCUCCCAGUAAUUUCAGAAAUUCUUUGAAGGGGGGAGGUACAAGGCUAAUAAAAUAAGGAAGCCCAUCUCAGAUUAAUUUCUUGUGCAUUUUUAGAUUAUGGUUAUCAAGAGAUGACAAGUUGGCAUGGCAACAUUUGAAGCUUAACUGCUAAUAAGCGCUCUUAAAAUAAAUUGGUGUCAUAUGUGGGUUUCUUGCCAUUAGCAUACUCUACCACCUGAAGAGAAGCAACACAUAUAUCAUUUGCAAAACAUGCAUACAAUUAGACCCUCGUUCUUAUUUUUGAAUGAAGUGUUAAACUAAGACAUCAUGCAUGUUUCCUGGCAUUUAUGACCAGUAUCCCACUACGAAAUAUAAAUGUUGAUAAUGAACUUGUCCAUUUUUUAGUGUCUCAGGCCUUAAGCCAUUCACUCCAUGUAAAAAAUGAUUGUGCUAUGUUUCUUUUGUGGCACAUGCCACGUUCACCUCUCUUAAACUGCACACCUCCUAAUAUCAAAAUUGUCUUCCAGUAUUAUAAAAGACUAUUCACUCAUUAAACUAGUAGAUGGGUGGAUUCAUUCUGUGUGUCACAAGAUUUGGAAUUGAAAUCUCAUCUUUAACGCAAAUGAUUAUGAUAAAGCAGCAAAGCUAUGAAUGUGAGUUUGUGGGUUGUGAUUAGACCAGGCAGGGAGCAUAAAGAUUAAUUUCCAGUUUCCUUGUGGUGAGCAGAAAAAAAUAGUGUCUAGUUAUUAUAGAAUCUGUUCAGUUUGAAAUGCGUUCAAACUUUGUGCAGGACAAAGGAACUAUUUUUGCCUCUCUCUCUAGUAGGCUGACCUGCUAAAUUCAAACAGGAUGAAAUGGAACAGCUACUGAUUAUCUGUAUUUGACAAGGUGCUGCUUUUCUUGUGUAUGGUAAACUGCUUCUCAAAAUGUAAAACUGGGCACUUUGGUUGGCUUGAUUUAUAUGCACAAUAUUUUUCUGACCAAAUUAAUUGCAAUUAAUGUUAAGAUGCUGCUACUAAGUCCUCCUAUGUAAAUAUACCCCUUUGCUCUCACUUUGAACAAAAUACACAGAUUGACACUGGACAUUUUUACAUAUAAAAUAUGGUUUAUUUCUUAAUUCCCUUAUUACCAUACACUCUACUGUGCACAGCAUUACAAGAUGUUAAAAAUAUAUCUCAUGACAUAUUUCUAAUCAACCAAUGGUCCUUAUAUCACCUUGGAAAAUUGAAUUCUGUUAUUUGCACCAACACAGUUGACAGAUGCUGGAAGUAUAGUGAUUGAAUCACCGAAUGAUAAUUAUGUUAAAUGUAUGCUAAUACAAUUGGCUAAGAAAUAUUUUAUGCACACAAUAUAAUUCUCAAAAUAACCCUCCUAUUCAGGCAGCAUUGAUAUUUGUCUGUGGCCUUUAAAAAGUGGAAAUUCUCAUCUAUAUUUCAUAAAUCUACCUGUCUUUCUAGUAUGUAGAUGAAGGAUUUUAGUAUUUUGAAUUUGCAUUGGUGGGAAAAACAAGUGCAUGUUGGCUUUUGCAGCUAAUCCUUUGGAAAUCCUUUAGUGCCUUAAGGAGCCAGAGGGGGAAGAGACUUUGGGAUUACCGUAUAGUAACUUGUGCAGACCUCUUUCCUGCUUCAGCAGAAUUCCUUUAAGACAUAUUGUGCCUUGGACUCCAAACAUAUUUGCAUUAGAAAUCAGUAGCCAUUAUAUUAUGGGCAGGAAUUUUUGCCCCUUUACAUAUCCUAGGUUAUAAAAUCUAUUGCUGUUUCCAAAGUAGGAUACAAAACUAAAACAUCAAAUUCAAAUUCUACCAUUGGAAUCCAUGGUAUCAGUCAUUAUCAGCAAACUAGGAAUGUUAAAGUUGGAGUCAAACCAACAAAGAAAGUUCAGCUUAGCUCUGAUGUGCUGCAUAAAUCCUGGUUCCAUUGAAGUUCAUGGUAAAACUCCCAUUGAUUUCAAUGGGGCCAAGAUUUCACCCUGUCUUUUACUUGUGCAGCACAUAUGAUAUAUAAAUAUCAUACACUCAUCAUCACUGCCUAUGCACAGCAGGGACAACGUGGUCAGAGGAGAAGGGAGCUAAGGAGGGUAUAGAGGCUUGACUUGAUUUAGAGUUGUUACUGUCUGUGGUGUAAAUCUGUGUUCAUCAUUGUUUUACUAUGUCACAUGGAUUCUUGCUAUGUUAAUAUGAUAUGUAAAUGUAAAAUGCAAUGAAAGGGGUAACUGUACAUGUGCAGCGGCUGAUUUCCAAAUAUAAAUAUGUCAGCACCUGAACUGUUUAGAUUUGUUUUUCUAUGUUGAGAGAGAGAUUAAUCUAUAUUAGGUGAAAUUCAGUCCUCUGCAGAAAGCCUACACAAGGCCCUAGACACCACUAAUUAGAGUUUUAAAUGGAUCUUAAGUGGUCUUACGUGGGGUGAAUUUCACUUAUUAUGAAUGAAGGGUUUGGCAAUGAUGGAUAUAGACUGAAAAAACUAAAGCCCUCCAACAUUGUCAUCUUCUGUUCUGCUUCCUGUGACUAAAAAAGGGGGUUGGAAAAUGUGUAAAUAAUAUCACUCCUUGGCUUACACUGUAAAUGCCAAGAUUCAGUGUGGCAUAGAUUUUUGUAGCUUGUUUAUAAAUAAGGCUUUUGGCUUUUGUUUUGAACGCAUGAAGCCCGUGUAAAUUAAAGUAAGGAGUAAAGACUUAUAAGUAUUUGUUUGAAUUGAAAAGUAUGGAUAUUUUCUCACUUCUUGGGACCAAAUUUAAAUUGAGAGCCUUGGAUGCACAAAAUAUGAAUGAGGUCUUAUCAGCUUUUCAUCUAUACAAAAGUGUGAUGUUAGCUCGGAGUCAUGAAAAGCUGAUUGUAAGGGACACAAAUUAGAACCAGUUUGAUAAAGUGCCAAAGCAUGCACAAAAAACGUGGGCUUCAUAGUUUGAUAUAGAUUACCCAAAAGUUACAGCUCGAUCCUUUUUUAAAUUAUUGUAAAUAAAUGCAGAAAGUUUGACACCCCUACCAGUGGGGAUUAAAACGGAACAGCUAAUUGUGUUCACUUGAGUGACAUAAAAGAUGCUUUUAUCAUUUUGAUGUGUUACACUGAAGCUAUCUUGUUUACAUUUUUCAGCAAUGAAUUUCACUUUAGGACAUUUCCUUCAUGUAAUUAAAUGUACAUAUAUGUUAAUUUCAAAGUAACUAGAGAGGAGACGGACAGAAUUGUAAUGCAGUCACAAAGUCUACCUUAUGAUUAUUACAGAUUUGUAACUAUCACUUAAAAUUGUGUAAAAUAUGUUGACAUUUUAUCUUGUUAUCCAGAUGUAUUUUUCUAUGUUAGUUAAAUGUAUAAUUUGCAUAAUUUUGUAUAUUCAAAUGUAUGCAUAUUUUAAAUUAAAAACUUUCUUUAAACUGUUUAA